AUGAAUGCAAUAAAUUCUUCUCAGGGCAGUAUUGACACAAAAAUAAUCCUCGAGAAAGAACCAUUCAUAAAUUCUGUUCUGAAAUGUUCUGGUGCUGACUGUUCCAACUUACUGACUAGUGAGGAAAUCUGUUAUUGUUCUCCUUGCUCUGCUCAACAAGACCAAAUUUGGAAGAAUCUAGAAAAAAAUCAGCAAGAUAUUAAUCAGGACUUAGCUAAUUUUAACCAAGGACUUAAUGAUUAUGUGGAAAAUCAAAAGGAUAAUGCUGGUAAUAGUAAUCUAAAACAAAGUCCUACUAGUUCUAAUAACCAAGAAUUAGACGCUAAAAAACAGCAACUAAAAGACUUACAAUCUAAAGAAAAAUCUCUCACUAAGUCUUUACCAAUAGAUACUCAGAUUAGUAUUUUACAAAAGGAAAUUAGCAAUUUAGAGAAAAAUUCUAACAAAAACCAUAUAGAAACAGCAUUAUUAGCCGAUAAAAAACAACAAUUAGCGGAAUUAUUGAAAAAACAAAGUAAUUCUGAUGCUAAUACUACUAAACCUAGUGAUAAAACAGCUCUUUAUGUAGGGCUAGGAAUAAUUGGAGUAGUUUUAAUUGAAUAUCCAUUAGAAAAAAGAAGUGAAAUUAAAGAAUUAAACAUAAGUUAUGAUGAAUUGUAUAAGCAAGGAUUACUAACUAAAAAUGAACAUUUAGAGGGAUCGCUAGAUAUAAGACAUUUUCCUAGUUUAGAAAAAUUUGAUUGCAAAAAUAAUAGACUAACUAGUCUGACUUUAACCAGUUUGUAUAAAUUAAUGUCAGUAGAUUGUUCUGACAAUCAAAUUAAUGACAUAUCUACUGAGUUAUGUAUGGUUCUUAAUGAAUUAAUGUUUCACAAUAAUCCAUUAAAGAGCCUAGAUAUUA